AUGACCGCUCCCUGGCGGCGCCUCCGGAGUCUGGUUUGGGAAUACUGGGCCGGGCUCCUCGUGUGCGCCUUCUGGAUCCCAGACUCGCGCGGGAUGCCCCACGUCAUCCGGAUCGGAGGAAUCUUCGAGUAUGCGGAUGGCCCCAACGCCCAGGUCAUGAAUGCCGAGGAGCAUGCCUUUCGAUUUUCUGCCAACAUCAUCAACAGGAACAGGACUCUGCUGCCCAACACAACCUUGACAUAUGACAUCCAGCGGAUUCACUUCCAUGACAGCUUCGAGGCCACCAAGAAGGCCUGUGACCAACUGGCCUUGGGUGUGGUGGCCAUCUUUGGACCUUCCCAGGGUUCCUGCACCAAUGCUGUCCAGUCCAUCUGUAAUGCUCUGGAAGUGCCCCACAUCCAGCUGCGCUGGAAGCACCACCCAUUGGACAACAAGGACACCUUCUACGUGAACCUCUACCCCGACUAUGCCUCGCUCAGCCAUGCCAUCCUUGACCUGGUGCAGUACCUCAAGUGGAGGUCGGCCACCGUGGUCUAUGAUGACAGCACAGGGCUCAUCCGGCUGCAGGAGCUCAUUAUGGCACCAUCGAGGUACAACAUCCGCCUGAAGAUCCGCCAGCUCCCCAUUGACUCUGAUGACUCGCGCCCCUUGCUCAAGGAGAUGAAGCGAGGCCGGGAAUUUCGAAUUAUCUUUGACUGCAGCCACAGCAUGGCGGCCCAGAUCCUGAAGCAGGCCAUGGCUAUGGGCAUGAUGACUGAGUACUAUCACUUCAUCUUCACCACUCUGGAUCUCUACGCGCUAGACCUGGAGCCCUAUCGCUACUCAGGAGUGAACCUGACGGGGUUCCGCAUCCUCAAUGUGGACAAUCCCCACGUGUCGGCCAUUGUGGAGAAGUGGUCUAUGGAGCGGCUGCAGGCGGCUCCCCGAGCAGAGUCUGGCCUGUUGGAUGGAGUGAUGAUGACCGAUGCAGCCUUGCUCUAUGACGCUGUCCACAUCGUGUCCGUGUGCUACCAGCGGGCACCCCAGAUGACUGUGAACUCCCUGCAGUGCCAUCGGCACAAAGCCUGGCGCUUUGGCGGCCGCUUCAUGAACUUCAUCAAGGAGGCUCAAUGGGAAGGAUUAACUGGACGGAUUGUUUUCAACAAAACCAGUGGCUUGCGGACAGAUUUUGAUCUGGACAUCAUCAGCUUGAAGGAGGAUGGCCUGGAGAAGGUUGGGGUGUGGAGCCCUGCCGAUGGUCUCAACAUCACCGAGGUUGCCAAAGGCCGAGGCCCUAACGUGACCGACUCUCUGACAAACAGGUCACUCAUCGUCACCACAGUGCUGGAGGAGCCCUUUGUCAUGUUCCGGAAGUCAGACAGGACUCUAUAUGGGAAUGACCGGUUUGAGGGUUACUGCAUUGAUCUGCUCAAGGAGCUGGCCCACAUCCUGGGCUUCUCCUACGAGAUCCGGCUGGUAGAAGACGGCAAGUACGGGGCACAGGAUGACAAGGGCCAGUGGAACGGCAUGGUCAAGGAGCUCAUUGACCACAAGGCAGAUCUGGCCGUGGCUCCCCUGACCAUCACCCAUGUCCGAGAGAAGGCCAUCGACUUCUCUAAGCCCUUCAUGACACUCGGUGUGAGCAUCCUGUACCGAAAGCCCAAUGGCACCAACCCCAGCGUCUUCUCCUUCCUCAACCCUCUGUCCCCAGAUAUCUGGAUGUAUGUGCUCCUCGCCUACCUGGGUGUCAGCUGUGUCCUCUUCGUCAUUGCCAGGUUUAGCCCUUAUGAAUGGUACGAUGCUCAUCCCUGCAAUCCUGGCUCUGAGGUGGUAGAGAACAACUUCACUCUACUCAACAGCUUCUGGUUUGGAAUGGGGUCUCUGAUGCAGCAAGGGUCUGAAUUGAUGCCCAAAGCUCUGUCUACACGCAUCAUUGGUGGCAUCUGGUGGUUCUUCACACUCAUCAUCAUCUCCUCCUACACGGCCAACCUGGCUGCCUUCCUAACCGUGGAGCGCAUGGAAUCGCCCAUCGACUCUGCCGACGACCUAGCCAAGCAAACCAAAAUCGAGUAUGGGGCUGUCAAGGAUGGAGCCACGAUGACCUUCUUCAAGAAAUCUAAGAUCUCCACCUUUGAGAAGAUGUGGGCCUUCAUGAGCAGCAAGCCCUCGGCGCUGGUGAAGAACAAUGAGGAGGGCAUUCAGCGGACACUAACAGCAGACUACGCACUGCUAAUGGAGUCUACCACCAUCGAGUAUGUCACCCAGAGGAACUGUAAUCUCACCCAGAUCGGGGGCCUCAUCGACUCCAAGGGCUACGGCAUCGGCACCCCCAUGGGUUCUCCAUACCGGGACAAGAUCACCAUCGCCAUCCUGCAGCUGCAGGAGGAGGACAAGCUACACAUCAUGAAGGAGAAGUGGUGGCGGGGCAGUGGAUGUCCUGAAGAGGACAACAAGGAGGCCAGCGCCCUGGGCAUCCAGAAGAUCGGUGGCAUCUUCAUUGUCCUGGCUGCCGGCCUGGUCCUGUCGGUGCUGGUGGCUGUGGGCGAAUUUGUGUACAAGCUGCGAAAGACAGCAGAGCGAGAGCAGAGAUCCUUCUGCAGCACUGUGGCCGAUGAGAUUCGUUUUUCUCUCACUUGCCAGCGUCGAGUCAAGCACAAACCACAGCCUCCCAUGAUGGUCAAGACAGACGCCGUCAUUAACAUGCACACAUUCAAUGACCGCCGGCUUCCGGGCAAGGACAGCAUGACCUGCAGUACAUCAUUAGCCCCUGUGUUCCCCUAG